AUGCCCAUCUCCGGCCCGGGAUAUCCCGGAGCGCCGCUUGAGGGUGAGCCCGUUUUCUUGAACCCGACUCCAGUUAUCGAGGCUCCAGCUCCAGCCCCGGCCGACCUUGGGUCCUUUGGCCCUAAAUCUGUCAGUCCUGCUUCUUACGGAGGUUUUCUAUACAGACCGCUGCCACUUUACUCCGUUAUGUUUGAUCCUUAUUUGCCCGGCUUUCAUCCGCCGGGCUUUCAUCCGCCGGGCUUUCAUCCGCCGGUCCCUCCAUAUGGCCCACCGAUCAUAGAUUCCCCGCUUCCGGCCUCUGAAUUCUUUGCUCCUGCGAGUCCUCUUAUGGCAUCCUCUUUUCCCGGCGAGCCUGGUGAUAUCCCGGAGAGCAAAUCCCGUGAAUGCCUUGUCGCGUAUCGCAAAUACAUGAACUGGCUUCACACGGUGUACUACUCGUCGAAUUCACCACACGCCUUUGUGCAUGCGUGGAAACAAGCCCUUCAAGAGAUGAGGGAGACCUUUGGGCACCCACAUAUUCCCACGAUCUUCGUCCUCAAUCAGUUCCUUGCUGCAGUUAGUGUGAAUCCUAACACAGUUCCAUGGAUUGAGUCCCUGAUGUUCGAGAAAGGUUCCCUUCCGGCAUCAAUACUGGAAGAAGCCUUUGAAGAUUUCCUGGAGUUUGAGGCACAUCGACUAGGAAACCAAAUUUCAAGUCUAGGUAGCCUAGAUACUGUCGUUGCCAAUAUGAAUCAGGUUGAAUGUUUUCCGAAGCAAUAUUGUCCUUUCCAUCAGCGUCUGACCAGGCAUCCCGUUGAUGAAUGUUUCCGAAACCCGCAGAACACGAAGCGUAAGAGAAAGUGGAGGCGGAAACAGGCCCGGAUGGCAGCAGCUCUUGAGGCCGAGAAAGAGAGACUCAGCAGUCUUCAGCUAGACUGA